CCCCAGCAAAACUACAUGGUUUGCUUGCAAGUACCAACUGUUGGAGAGAAAGAGUACCCCUUGGCAUUCAAGAACGGGAUCCUGAAGCUUGGUGGUGAAAAAGAGCCAAUACCUCGGCCAAAAAAAUGGCCCAUUAGCAACAUCCUGGCACCAGGAGCUCAAAACAUUCCAGACUCUUUUAUUGUUGGUGGCCCCUAUGAGGAGGAGGAUGGAGAGCUCAACAAAACAGAGGACAGGGAAUUUAGGAUUCAGGCAGAGAGCAUAAAGAAGAGAAUUGUUUGGGACUUGGAAAGGCGCUGUUACCUAGACCCUCCAGCAGUUCUCAGUUUACAGAAGCGCAUUGCAGAAUGCCGGUACUGGCCAGUGGAGAUUACCAGGGUGCCUGUGGUUACUUCUACCAAAGGGAAAUCUAGCAAGUUAGACAAGGGAGAUGAUGAUGGACAGAUUUUCUUCCAUGGCGUGGCAUACGUCAACAUGGUGCCUUUGCUGUAUCCUGGUGUGAAGCGCAUACGAGGGGCUUACCGUGUAUUUGCAUAUCAAGACAGUGAGGUGUUUGGGAAGACUAAGUGUCUAUUCAGCAUUUUACGUGAUCUUGGGCAUCAAGCCAAUUUGAACAAAUUAGGGCCAGUGAUCGCAGCAGCCAGCUCCCCUCAUUCAAAAGCUAUGCCCAGUAGGAACCAGAAAGAGGAUAAAAUGACCAAAGAGAAGGAUAUUUGUGGAACUCAGAAACUUGGAAACGUUAUGUCCACUACGCUAAAAUCUCAGGUGUCAGAGACUGCUAUAGAAACUGAAGCAACAGUGUGUCAGAACCUGGAAGGACAGCAAUAUGUAGAUGCAGGGACAUUCCUGGUGAUGGAAAUAGAGCUGGCCAAGGCCUUGGUACCAAAACGAUUGCCGGAGGAGCUCGCCAGCCGAGUUAAGGAGAUGAUUCCUCCACGCCCUCAGCUACCACGCCGGAGUGCAGGAGCUAAGAAGGCCGUGGAAGAUUACCACAAUCAGAUCACUAGUAUUGCUGGAGCCAUCCUGGAUGAGUACCAUGAGCUGUUUGGGAAGCAGAUGGUUGAUGGUGGUGUAAUAGAUCAUCACACCCUGGAGGAACAGAAGUGUCAACUGAACUAUGAACUCAACAGCUCAGGAAAAUACUUUGCUUUUAAGGAACAGCUGAAGCAUGCAGUGGUGAAGAUUGUGAGAGAGAAGUACUUGAGGACAACAGCAUUCAACAACCUGGAGCAGCUACAAGCUUUCCUGAGUGAGCUGUAUGUAUACCUGGUGGAUCAGAUGCACGUUGCUCUAAAUCAGAUACUGUCACAGGAGAGUACUGUCGUUGCCUCACCCACCUUCACAAGCUGUGAGCAGCUGCGACUCUUUGCUCAUGAAGCCGAAGUCAAUGAGGACUAUGCUCUGGCAUCUGUCUACUAUCAGGAGAGGCUGGCUCGUGACCGCCAGAUUGUUCAGCACUGGCUAGAUUAUGGGGCAUUCUGCCUUCUGAUGGAGGAAAAUAUCAAAGCCCAGGAGUGUUUUCGUGAAGCUCUUUCUCUGAAUCCAAGUCACCUGCACAGCUUGCUGCUGUGUGGUAUCAUAGCUGUCAUGAUGGAGCACUAUGAAGAGGCAGAAAUCUUCUUUGAGGAUGCCACCUGCUUGGAGCCAUCCAGCAUCCUGUCCUGGACUCUCUUAGGUUUGUUCUAUGAAAUACAGGAAAAUGAUAUUCGGGUGGAGAUGGCCUUCCAUGAGGCUAACAAACUACUGAAGGCACGACUGGCCAAAGAGAAAAAUAUCGCUGAAGCUGCUGAAGGAGGAGGAAAAAAUCAAUCAAAGUGGGGGCACUGGGGAUGUUCCAGAGGGAGGAGUGGAAUGCUGCGAGUAGAGAGUGGAGCCAGCACCGGAGCGGCGGUUUGCCUCUCGGAUGAGGCUCCAGAUGGCUCCCCGAAAGUACAGCCAGAUUCUGUAGAGCCUGUUGUAACCAUCCAGCUGCCUGAAGAUGAUCCUGCAGUUAAACUGACCAAGAAACUUUCCCCCACUCUCAGUAAGAACAAGGAGACGUCCCAGAAAGCACUUGAUCCAUCACAUGCGGUGGCCCCUGUCCCCCUUCCUGGACUUUCACAGCCCUCCCACACAAUCUUCAUGGAGACCAUACACUUCUUGAUGGAGGUCAAUGCUCUACAGUUUGUUCACAGGGCACUAGCACAUGAGCUACUGUGCCAGCAGGAAGGACCCAGCUGUGAGUAUUACCUAGUGCUGGCACAAACACACUUGCUCAAGAAGGACUUCUCUAAGGCUGAAGAAUGUCUCCGAGAGGCUAUCCAGAUUGACUACCUGAAUCCAAAUGCUUGGGCACAGAAAGGGCACCUGUGCUACCUGAGUGGAAAUCUUAGUGAGGCAAAGGAAUGCUAUGAGCGAACCAUCAGCUUUGUAACGGAUGCUUCUGAGAUACACUUUGUUUACCUGCGACUGGGGUCGAUCUAUCUGAAAGAGAAAGAGUAUGAUAAGGCAAAGCGCACCUAUAUGCUGGCCUGUAAGAAGUCCUCAUCCUGCCUGACCUGGCUGGGAGUAGGAAUCGCCUGCUACAGGCUGAAAGAACUUGCGGAGGCAGAAGAUGCCCUCUCUGAGGCCAAUGCCCUGAAUAACAACAAUGCCGAAGUGUGGGCAUAUCUAGCGCUAGUCUGCAUGCAAGGAGGAAGGCAGUUGGAGGCAGAGCAGUCUUACAAAUACGCAAUGAAGUUAGAGCUGAAGAAUGAGGAACUGCUCCAGGAAAUCCAUGAGGUACAGCGAAUGGUUGGCUUCGGUAAUCCAUCGUUCUGA